GAGGUUGAGUUUGAGAUUGUUUAGCUGAAGUGAUGGCGGUGGAGCUUCAUUAGUUAGUGGAGCUUCUGAUUCCGCUUAAUUUUGGGUUUCUGUACUUAUAAUUAUCGGCAUUGCUAUUCAACUUGAGGUUGAUCGGAUUAUUGUCUUAUGCUUGGUAAACUUAGUACGAGUUUUGCUGACUGUGUUCUUCCUGGUUUUCAAAGGUUUGAGAUCCAAAGGACGGUUGUUUUGCGAUGGAAUCAGCGCAAUCGCAGCAGAGAAAAGGAGGAUUAGUGCCGAUAUCGCCAUCUCAAACUCCUCGUUCCAACGACAAGGCGGCUCGAGAUCUACGAUCUGGGGAUUCGAAUUUGAGUAAUAAGCAUGAUAAAGAAAAGGGUGUUAAUGUGCAGGUUAUUGUGCGUUGCAGGCCAUUGAGUGACGAUGAAAGUCGAUUGCAUACUCCGGUGGUGGUAUCCUGCCAUGAAAGUAGAAGAGAAGUCUCUGCAAUCCAGACUAUAGCCAACAAGCAGAUUGAUAGAACAUUUGCAUUUGAUAAGGUGUUUGGCCCUGCAUCUCAACAAAGGGAAUUGUAUGAACUGGCUGUGUCUCCUAUUGUAUAUGAAGUUCUUGAGGGUUAUAACUGUACUAUCUUCGCGUAUGGUCAAACAGGAACUGGAAAAACAUACACCAUGGAAGGUGGAGCAAGGAAAAAGAAUGGAGAAUUUCCAAGCGAUGCUGGUGUAAUUCCUAGAGCUGUGAAACAAAUUUUUGAUAUUUUGGAAUCCCAAAAUGCGGAGUAUAACAUGAAAGUUACGUUUCUGGAGCUAUACAAUGAAGAGAUUACAGAUCUUUUGGCCCCUGAAGAGACUUCAAAGUUUAUUGAUGAGAAGUCCAAGAAACCAAUUGCUCUCAUGGAAGAUGGAAAAGGGGGUGUUUUUGUGAGAGGUUUGGAAGAAGAGAUAGUCUGUUCUGCAAAUGAAAUAUAUAAAAUCUUGGAGCGGGGAUCGGCGAAAAGGCGUACGGCAGAGACGCUUCUGAAUAAACAAAGCAGUCGGUCCCAUUCCAUAUUUUCCAUCACAAUUCACAUUAAAGAGUGCACUCCAGAGGGAGAGGAGAUGAUAAAAUGUGGAAAGCUCAAUCUUGUUGAUCUUGCUGGCUCAGAGAAUAUUUCACGUUCUGGUGCACGAGAGGGUAGAGCAAGAGAAGCUGGGGAGAUAAACAAAAGUUUGCUGACACUUGGGCGUGUUAUCAAUGCCCUGGUAGAGCACUCGGGUCAUGUUCCAUAUAGGGAUAGUAAAUUAACAAGAUUACUGAGGGAUUCGUUGGGAGGUAAAACAAAGACUUGCAUCAUUGCUACAAUAUCACCCUCUAUCCACUGUCUGGAAGAAACACUCAGUACGCUUGAUUAUGCACACCGUGCCAAAAACAUAAAGAACAAACCAGAGAUUAACCAGAAGAUGAUGAAAUCUGCUUUGAUCAAAGAUUUAUAUUCUGAAAUUGAUCGGCUUAAACAAGAGGUAUAUGCCGCAAGGGAGAAGAAUGGAAUCUAUAUACCACGUGAUCGUUACCUUAAUGAGGAAGCUGAGAAGAAGGCUAUGGCUGAAAAAAUAGAACGAAUGGAACUCGAUUCAGAAUCGAAGGACAAGCAAGUGAUGGAGCUUCAGGAGCUUUAUGAUUCUCAGCAACUUUUGACAGAAGAAUUAAGCGGUAAAUUAGAUAGAACAGAGAAAAACCUCGAGGAAACUGAACAUGCUUUCUUCGAUCUUGAGGAGAAACACCGCCAAGCAAAUGCAACAAUAAAAGAAAAGGAAUUUCUGAUAGUUAAUCUUCUCAAGUCUGAGAAAGCACUUAUUGAGCGUGCAUUUGAGUUGCGAGCAGAGCUGGAAAAUGCUGCAUCAGAUGUGUCGGGUUUAUUUGACAAAAUUGAGCGCAAGGAUAAAAUUGAAGAUAGAAACAAAUUACUUGUCAAGAAAUUCCAAUUUCAAUUAACACAGCAGCUGGAGUUAUUGCAUAAAACUGUAGCUGCUUCAGUUACCCAACAAGAACAGCAACUGAGGGACAUGGAGGAAGACAUGCAAUCUUUUGUUUCAACAAAGGCUAAGGCUACUGAAGAACUUAGAGAACGGAUUGGGAAUCUGAAAGAAACGUGUGGUUCUCGAGUUAAAGCUCUGAAUGAUAUAACUGGAGAGCUUGAAGGAAACUUUCAAUCAACAUUUGGUGAUAUAAAUUCUGAAGUUUCAAAGCAUUCAUCUGCUCUUGAAAACCUUUUCAAUGGUGUUGCUUCAGAAGCUGAGGCAUUGCUCAGUGAUCUUCAAAAUAGCCUUCACAAGCAGGAAGAGAAGCUGACUGCAUAUGCUCAAAAGCAGCAUCAGGCACAUGCUAGAGCAGUGGAAACCACACGCUCAGUUUCCAAAAUUACCUCAAACUUCAUAGAGACUAUGGAUAUGCAUGCGUCGAAGCUCACCCACAUUGUGGAAGAUGCGCAAUCAGUCAAUGAACAGAAAUUGUCCGAACUUGAAAAGAAAUUUGAGGAGUGUGCUGCCAAUGAAGAAAAACAACUGCUGGCAAAAGUGGCUGAGUUGCUAGCAAGUUCAAACGCGAGAAAGAAACAAUUGGUUCAAACAGCAAUCAGUGACCUGCGGGAGAGUGCUACAAGCAAAACCAACAUGCUGCAGCAGGAGAUGUCCACCAUGCAGGAGUGUACUUCUUCAGUGAAAACUGAAUGGGCGUUGCACCUGGAAAAAGCAGAGUCACACUACCACGAAGAUACUUCUGCUGUUGAACACGGAAAGAGAGACAUGGAGGAGGUUUUUCAAAAUUGCUUGAACAAGGCAAAAAUGGGUGCUCAACAAUGGAGGACUGCUCAAGAAUCCUUACUCAGUUUGGAAAACAACAGUGUUGCUUCUGUGGACUCCAUUUUUCGAAAUGGAAUGGAAUCGAAUCAAGCGCUACGUUCUCGAUUUUCCUCCUCUGCAUCUGCUGCUCUUGAAGAUGUUGAUAAUGCAAACAAGAACCUCCUCUCAUCUAUUGAUCAUUCGUUAGAACUCGACAACGAAGCAUGUGGAAAUCUCAAUUCAAUGAUUACUCCUUGUUGUGAGGAGCUAAGAGAUUUGAAAGGUGGCCACUACCACAAGAUAGUAGAGAUCACAGAACAUGCAGGAACAUGUCUGCUGACAGAUUACACGGUAGAUAACCAUCACAAACUGAUACUAUCCAUUCUUGUCAGCUUAGUUAGUUACUUCCUUCAUAUUGAAUUACUGGACCAGGUUGAUGAACCAUCAUGUUCAACACCAAGAAAGCGACCAUUCAACUUGCCAAGCAUGGCAUCGAUCGAAGAACUUCGAACACCGGCGUUUGAUGAGCUUCUCAAGUCAUUCUGGGAUUUGAAAUAUUCAAAGCAAUCAAAUGGAGAUGUAAAACAUUUAGCAGGAGCACAUGAAGCCACACAAUCAGUAAGAGACUCUAGACUUCCUCUCACUGCUAUAAAUUAAGACUCAUAUAUGUCUUGAAAAGAUAAUAGAGAAGAGACUGGAGAUCUGUAUGUAUAUAUAUAUAGGCUCAUGUAUGUCUUUGAGGGCAGUACUGCAUUCAUUAAUUUUUUUUCUUCUUCUUCCACUUUUUCUUAGCAAAAAUGAGAAGAAAUAUACCUUUUGAAGGCAGGAAAUCAGGUUUUCCCCCAAUUUAGUAACUAGUUUGUGCUACUUACCGGUUGAUAAUGUGUUCUUUGUUUAGAAAAAUAUACAUGUUCUUCCACAUCCUUCACGGAUCCAUUA